CAAAUAUUUGCCGCUUUUAGGUAUUAUUUAAAUUAUAUAAUCAAGAUAAGUUCAAUGGCAAAAGGAAAGUAAGUAAAAUAAGAACAAGUUAAAUAAAUUGAAGUUGUUGAUAAGAAAGUAAAAAAGGGAAAAAAAACAAAAGUAAAUGAUGAACCAGUUGAUUAACCAGUUUCACCACCUUAAUCUCCUGUUAAGAAAGGAAAAAAAUAAUAAUAAGAAAAAAAGGUAAAAGCUACAAAAGAAAGAUUUAGUAAUAAUUAAUUUGAAACAUAGAUAAACUUUAUUAUCCUGAAGUUCCUAAUCAAUAAUUUCCAAAUUAAUUAUAAGAAAAUGUGAUUAAUGUAAUUGCUUCAUUUGGAACAUCUGUGCCAUUAACUGAUAUUACAAAUAACCUUAGUUUAUUCUAUACAAAUUCUAUUGAAGAAUAAACAGUUCAUAAUUUUUUAGCAUAAGCAGAAGAAAAUGGUAUUAUCUAUGAAAGAUCUGGUUAAUAUCAUGUUUCAUAAGAAUUAAUUCCACCUUAAGUAUUAUAAUUCUUAAUAUUUAGCCUCAAACAAAAUAGGUUGUAUCUUAAAGCAUUGAAUAAGAAGUACUCUAAUAAUAAUUGAUUGAAUCUGCAGUUAAAUAAUAAUAAUUAGAUCAUGAUUAAAUUGAUUUUGAAGAUUAAAUUUAAAAUUAAGUUAGUGAAAAAAAAGAUUGUAUUUAUAUUUAUUAAUCAAAGAAGUCCUUAAUGAUAACGAUGAGAAUCCCAAUUCAUUUUGA